AUUUACAGAUCCUGGCUGACCUUGAAAAUCAUGCACUGUUUAAAAAUGACUUGGAAUGUCAAAAGCUGAUUCUGGAAGCAAUGAAAUAUCAUCUACUGCCAGAAAGAAGAACUUUAAUGCAGAGUCCAAGAACAAAGCCCAGAAAAUCUACAGUAGGAACUCUAUAUGCAGUGGGAGGAAUGGAUAAUAAUAAAGGAGCUACAACCAUAGAGAAAUAUGACCUCAGGACAAAUCUGUGGAUCCAAGCAGGGAUGAUGAAUGGCAGGAGGCUGCAGUUUGGUGUGGCAGUAAUUGAUGAGAAACUUUUUGUAAUUGGAGGUCGAGAUGGAUUAAAGACAUUGAACACAGUUGAAUGUUACAAUCCCAAAACCAAGACUUGGACUGUUUUACCACCAAUGUCAACACAUAGGCAUGGUCUAGGAGUCACUGUGCUUGAAGGGCCUAUCUAUGCAGUGGGAGGCCAUGAUGGCUGGAGCUAUCUGAACACAGUGGAGAGGUGGGACCCACAGAGUCAGCAGUGGACAUACGUAGCCAGCAUGUCCAUUGCUAGGAGCACUGUUGGAGUAGCGGCACUGAAUGGCAAGUUGUAUUCAGUUGGAGGUCGUGAUGGAAGCUCUUGUUUGAGUUCAAUGGAAUAUUAUGAUCCUCAUACAAAUAAGUGGAACAUGUGUGCUCCAAUGUGUAAGAGGAGAGGGGGUGUUGGUGUGGCCACCUGUGAUGGUUUCCUUUAUGCAGUGGGUGGUCAUGAUGCCCCUGCUUCAAAUCAUUGUUCCAGGCUUUUGGAUUAUGUGGAAAGGUAUGAUCCAAAAACAGACACAUGGACCAUGGUUGCUCCUUUGAGUAUGCCCAGAGAUGCUGUUGGAGUCUGUCUUCUUGGUGACAGGUUAUAUGCUGUUGGUGGUUAUGAUGGGCAAACAUACCUCAACACUAUGGAAUCUUAUGAUCCACAAGCUAAUGAAUGGACACAGAUGGCUUCCUUGAAUAUUGGGAGAGCUGGUGCCUGUGUGGUCGUCAUCAAGCAACCUUGAUUAAUUUUUAUCUUGUUUGGAGGGUUUUCCUUUGCUACAGUGGUUAUUUUAUAUCGUAUGCCAAGGCUGAAAAUUUCCUAAGAUGAAAAUUCCUCAAGAAUAAGGAUUUCUAUACAUGAACCUGCUAAUGUCGAAAGCCGUAGAAGAUCAAAGAGACUUUU